AGUUAUCACAGGCUUGCACUCAAGUAUCAUCCGGACAAGAACAUAGGCGACGCUGCUGCAGCUGCCAGGCACAUGUUUGCGUGUGUCAGUGAGGCCUAUAACACCCUCAUCGACACCAAGCUGAGGCUAGCGUACGAUGAAGGGGGUACAGAGAAAUUGGCCGAAGUUCGGGAAGAUGAGAUGAUGGCACCCCGAUGGAAGGAAGCCGAAGACGUCAUGGCUGAUUUCGACGAGCUUAACGAUUGCUUCAAUUCGAUUGCUUCAUUGAAUGU